AUGGCCCCCUCCUGCUACUCCUCUUGCUGCAAGCCUACCUGCUGCAGAACCACCUGCUGCAAGACCACCUGCUGCAAACCAGCCUGUGUGACCUGCUGCUACAGCACACCCUGCUGUCCACCCAUCUGCUGUGGGUCCAGCUGCUGUGGUAAGACCAGCUGUGGGUCCAGCUGUUGCCAGCCUUGCUGUCCCCCAACUUGCUGUGAAACCACCUGUUGCAAGACCACCUACUGCAAACCAACCUGUGAGCCCAGCUGCUGCAGCAAACCCUGCUGUCCACCCAGCUGCUGUGAACCUUGCUGCUGCCCCAGUUGCUGCAUCAUUCCCUGCUGUCCCCCAACUUGCUGUGAAACCACCUGCUGCAAGACCGCCUGCUGCAAACCAGCCUGUGUGGUCAGCUGCUGCAGCACACCCUGCUGUCCACCCAGCUGCUGUGGGUCCAGCUGCUGUGGUAAGACCAGCUGUGGGUCCAGUUGCUGUCAGCCAUGCUGUCCCCCAACUUGCUGUGAAACCACCUGCUGCAAGACCACCUGCUGCAAACCAACCUGUGUGGUCAGUUGCUGCAGCAAACCCUGCUGCAAACCCAACUGCUGUGAGCCUUGCUGCUGCCCCAGUUGCUGCAUCAUCCCCUGCUGCUCUCCACCCUGCUGUGAAACCACCUGCUGCAAGCCCUGCUGCCAGCCCUGCUGCUGCUAG